AUGAGGCAAUGUUCUGCUGUGGACGAGCAAGUAUUGGAAAAACAAAUAGCCGAAUUACCCGAAUUACCCGAACAGAUGCAAGAUGUUGUUAAACAUAUCCUCAUGUAUGGAAAAGUUGACAGUAAAAAUGGAAUGCGAUAUACCAAACGGUAUAUCCUUGAAUGCCUUUUAUUAAGCAUAAAAAGCAGGAAAGGAUAUUUGCAUUUGCGAUCGCAUAACAUCUUACCGUUACCAACUCCUUCAACGUUAAGAAAAUAUCUAAAAAACAUGAAAGCUCAAUAUGGAUUCGACUUGAGCGUUUUUAAGAUGUUAAAGCUUAAAAGCGAAAACAUGAAGCCCGAAGAAAGAAGAGGGGUUCUCGUUUUAGACGAAAUGUCUCUGAGCAAAGGAGUACAUUUUGACUGUGAAAAAUUGUCCGUAAUGGGCUUUACGGAUUUAGGAGACUAUACUCCGGAGCACCAAAAAAGCCAGCGGGGUGAUCACGCUCUUGUGCUGAUGUUCCAGCCUUUCCGAGGCAGUUGGGUUCAAAAUAUUGCGGCUUUUCUAAGUAAAGGUGCAGCAAAUGGCGAAGUGCUGAACCAUAUUGUCUUAGAGGCCAUUAUUUUGUUGGACAAUAGUGGAUUUCAAGUUGAUGUGGUCACAACAGAUGGUGGUCAAUGGAACAGACGAAUAUGGACAUUGUUUGGACUAAAAAAAUAUACUGCUGACUGCAUUCAUCCAUGUUCAAAACCUACCGAUGAAGAUUCAAAUCAAAGACGUUUACACUUUUGCAGUGACUUCUCACAACUAGUUAAAAAUUUUAGAAAUUUUGUAAUGGAUGACGAAACAGUAGAGACUCCUGAUGGCACUGUAAAAAAGGAGCACUAUCGUGCGAUCAUAAGAUGUGACGGAGGAGCAAAACAUUUGGGUUUAAAAAUUGCCCACAAAUUAACUUCAGAUCAUCUUGAUCCCCAGUUCUAUCAAAAAAUGCACGUACAUAAGGCAUUUGAUGUAUUCUCUGCCAACGUUGCCACAGCUAUGGACAUUUACAGAAACAUGGACAAAGCUUUAAAGGAUUGCGAUCCGACAAUUGAGCUUUUAAGACGCUUUGGUACUUUAAUAACUACAAUGACAUCAAGGUGCCCUUUUAAUGGUUUAAAAAUUGAUAGUGAAGACUAUCACAAUAUUAUCAGCUGCCGUGAAUAUCUACAAAAUUGGAAAGAUUUCGCCAAAAGAACAACCAUCGUUUUAUGUCCGAAAGUACAUAUAAGGGUUUUAUAAUUACUUUAACAACUGUAAUUGAAGUUGUUAAAUUUUUAUCUACUCAUUGUAACUAUGAUUUCUUGAUGACUGCCAGACUCAAUCAAGAUGCACUUGAAGGAAUGUUCGGUAUGAUUCGUAGCUGUUGUGGUUCUUUUGAUAAGCCGGACCCUUUAUUGUUCAUCCAAGUUUAUCGCCUUUUGAGUUUUUAUUCGUUGGUAAAACCGCCAAAAGGGUCAAACGUAG